UCACACUUUAACAGCCAGCUGUUUCCCGCGUUUUUAAUUCGCUAAAUUGCAAUUGGCGAAAGUGCAGCGGGGCGGAGCGGGAAAAUUGGGGAAAAUCUCGCAGGCCACAAGAAAACCAUCAAAAUGCAACGGCUACCAGUCAUAUAAAGGCCCCACUCCAUUGACCACAAAUCAAAAGAAACUGCCCCAAAGUCACUGAGAAGAGCAAGUGUUUUGUUUUGGAUCACAUUGGCAUUUAGUGGGGAGGAUUCUGGCCAGGAUUCACCAUGUUUGUGCAGGAUCUGCGCAACGAUUUCUACCGCCAGCUGGUGGGCAAGCGCAUCCUGAUCGUGGUGAACUACGACAUCGAUGCCAUCUGCGCCAGUCGCAUUCUGCAGGCGCUGUUCAAGUACGACCACAUGCUCUACACGGUGGUGCCCAUCAUGGGCGUAACCGGACUGAAACGGGCCUACGGGGAGCACCAGGGCGAUGUCAAGUACGUCCUGCUGGUCAACUGCGGCGGCUGCGUGGACAUUGUGGAACUGCUGCAGCCGGCGGAGGAUGUGAUCUUCUUCAUCUGCGAUUCGCAUCGACCACUGGAUGUGUGCAAUAUCUACAGCGAUCGCCAGGUGUGCAUCCUGGGCGAUCCCUCGCUGGAGGAGAAUAUUCCAGCCUUCGAAAGCAUUUUCUACGACUCCGAAGGGGAGGAUGAGGAUGAGGACGACGACGACGACGGUGAUGUGGGCUCCGACCAGGAGCAGCAAAACAACGACAGUGGUGCCGGCGAAUCCGAUCAGGAGGAUCGUGCUCCCGCUGCACAAAGGGCCACUAAGAUGAGCCGCCUGGAGCGGCACGAGCAACGGAUCCUGAAGCAACGAGCCCGCAGGCAAUGGGAAUCUGAGCGCGACCGGAUCAUGUUCGAGUACACCCAGUUCAGCUACUACGGACGAUCCGCUGCCCUGCUCGUCUUCGAGCUGGCCUGGAAACUGUCCAAGGACAACAUGGACCUGCUCUGGUGGGCCAUUGUGGGCAUCACCGAGCAACUGCUGCUGGGCAAGAUCGAGAGCGGGGCGUACACCCUGGAGCUGGAGCAGAUCCAGUCGCAUGUCUCGCGGCUAACCAACAAGACGAACGAUCAGAACACCAUGAGUGCCUCCAAGAUCAGUUUCGAGAAUGACCUGCAUCUGGUCUUGUACCGCCACUGGCCAGUCACGGAGUCCAUGAGAUAUUCCCGCUACGCGUCGUGCCAAUUGAAACUGUGGACGCUGCGCGGCGAGAAGAGACUGCAUGAGCUGCUGCUCGAGAUGGGAUUGCCACUGGUGCAUGCGCGCCAAACGUACGGAGCCAUGGACUUGGUGCUGCGCAAGGAGUUCUACUCGAUGGUGGAGCGACUGGCCGAGAAGUACGACAUACCGGACAUCGUCUAUGGCACAUUCACGCUGAGCUAUGGCUACCGCAGCCGGUAUGCGGCGGCGGAUUACGUAUACGCCCUGCUAUCCAUCAUGGAGUCGGUGAAGAAGCACAAGACUCCGGAGGAUUGCUUUCUGGAGGCCUCCGAUGCGCUGAGUCGCCAGCACAAGCAACUCUUAACGGCUGGCAUUGAGCAGGCGAAAAUGCUGCAUGCGGCCGUCUUUAGGCAGGUGCAGAGCAGUCUGGAGGCACGCCAGGUGCAUUCGGCUGGGUCCUUCUUCUACUAUGUCCUGCAGGAGGAGCACGCCUUCUUCUCGUAUCCCUAUGCCCUGGCCCUGCUGGCACGCUUCCUGCUGCGCGGACAUGUGGCCACGAGUAGAGCUAGGCAGGCGCCCGAUUUGCCACUGAUAGCCAGUUGUCCUCUGGACGCAGCACAGGGCAUGUGCCUGCUGGUGGGGAUCGCCCCAGUUAGGGAGGACUCGCCGAGGACCUUCUUUGGCAAGGCCUUCGAGCAGGCGGCGCAAAAGAGUGGCGUUGCCCUGCUGCAGGACUUCUUUGAGCCUGCCGUCGUGCAGCUGCGACAGAGUGACCUCACCCGCUUCCUGGACGCCCUCACCGUGCUCCUCACCUGAUGAUCAUCAACCACACAUCCUGCUCACCACACACGCACACACAUACACACACACAUCCCUGCUCAAUCAUAUCUAUGUCGUAAGCUAACUUUUAAGACGAGAGACCUUGUAACGUGUACACUUAGGCUAAGAUUUUAAGCAAACCCUAUUUAUGUUGACUGCGAGAUUGCGCCCAGGACCACACAAAUGUAGAAUAAGAAAUGAUUAUUUUUUUGCCGAAAAUUAUUUGUAAAACUGACAUAGAAUAAAUUGCGUAUAUGUUUAAAGUGUCUACCAUG